UUUUAAUAUUCCGUACUAAUACGGGAAGCGGGGUCAGAUCACCACUCUUUCAGAGUCCCUUCAUUAGCCCUUUUUUCCUAGCUCUCUCUCCGUUCAUCUCCUCGCUAUCUUAGGUUCUUAUCUCCGGUCAACUUUAUCUUGGUGUUUCAAGAUUUAGUAAAGUAUCUUGUUUGCAGAGAUUUUUGGGUUCUGCUCUUCCAAUACUGAACCGUGUGCAUGUCUAUAUUGGUAAAGCUAGAACUUUUCUUGCUAUUUUGAUAGUUUUUUCCGAGGUUAUCGGUUUUGAGUGGACCAUAAUAUCGGUUUUCAACUUUUGGGGUGAUUUAGAUGUGCAUAUGAGGAGGAUUUUUUGGUGGAAAAAAUGGGCAUAUCACCGAGUUGGAUUAACUAGACUGCUGGUGGUGAUCUCUAAAGUAGGUUAGUGUGAAGUUCUUAGAAGUCGUUAGUUAUGGAUCGUGGUGUCAGGGAGCUGUCUGGUUUGAUGAAUGGGUUGAGGUAUGAUGAUAUUUACUCUGGUCAGAACAACGUGAAUGGUCUUAGAUUCGGACCAUCUCAGCCCUCCUUGAAUCACGGUAGCCGUAGCCGUAUGAACUUGACCCAAAUGUUUCCUGGUACCAACCCUAUAAAUCCAGAGGGCAAUCCUUCAUCUGCUCAUCGAUCAAGUCCCGGAAGGGAUAGCCCAGAAGAUUUUGAGAUCUUCUCAGAUAUAUCCCUCAACUACAUAAGCAGGAUGCUCAUGGAAGAGGACAUAGAUGAGAAGGUCAGUAACUAUCAGGAGGAGUCAGCCCUUCGAGCUGCAGAGAAACCCUUCUAUGAGAUCCUUGGUCAGAAGUAUCCGCCUUCACCUGAUCGGCCGCCGCUCUAUUCGCAGCACGGUCUGGAGAGCCCUGAUGAGAGCAGCCACAGUAACUAUGGAAACUCCAACAGUGGUAGCAAUAUCAGCGGGGUGACGGAUAAUAGCUGGGCGCAUGAUUUUAGUGAAUACCAGCAAUCACAAGCUUUCCCUGCCUCUUUUGAGCACCCUUACCGGUCUUCAUUGAGCUCCUCUAACAGUGUCGGUAAUGUGGCUGAAGCAGGAUUAGAUCAAGAGUCCCUAAUCAGCACUGGUAGGCUUCCUGAUCUGCUGAUCGAAAGCCUGCCUGCUUGGCAGUUCAGGAGAGGAGUUGAAGAAGCACGCAGGUUCCUUCCGAGCAAUGAUAAGCUGACAAUUGAUUUGGAGGCCAAUGGGGUGUCAUCAUUACCUCAGGAGCCAAAAGCUGCUGGUGGUCUUGUGGGGGUCAAGGCGGAGGAGGAGCCAGAAUAUCCUGUUUAUGGGUCCAGAGGUCGAAAGAAUCUGCACCGCGAAGACUUGGAUCUGGAGGAGGGGAGGAGCAAUAAACAGUCAGCUAUUUACUCUGAGGGCACUAUCCGGUCUGAAAUGUUUGAUUUGGUUUUGCUCUGUCAGGGAGACAAGUGUUCGCAGAAGAUGUCUGAUCUACGGGAGGCAAUGCAGAAUGAAGCAAACAGAAACACACAGAAUGAGCAUGCUAAAGGAUCGAGUGGUGGGAAGGCGCGAGGGAAGAAGCAAACCAAGAGAGAGGUGGUGGAUCUUAGAACUUUGCUCAUACAUUGUGCUCAAGCGGUGGCGGCUGAUGACCGUCGGACUGCCGGCGAACUACUAAAGCAGAUCAGACAGCACUCUUCGCCAACUGGAGAUGGAACUCAGAGAUUGGCAUGCUGCUUUGCUGAUGGACUUGAGGCCCGCUUGGCUGGCACGGGCAGACAGAUCUAUCACACCCUUGUGGCAAAGAGGACGACGGCCACCGAUAUAUUGAAAGCAUACCAUCUCUAUCUGGCAGCAUGCCCUUUCAAGAAGGUUUCACACUUCUUUGCCAACCACACCAUCCUCAAGGUUGCAGAGAAGGCAUCAAGGGUGCAUAUCAUAGAUUUUGGCAUUUAUUUCGGCUUCCAGUGGCCAUGCCUCAUCCAACGUCUUGCUGGCAGGGCUGAAGGGCCUCCAAAGCUUCGGAUUACGGGCAUUGAUGUACCCCAGCCCGGUUUCCGUCCGACGGAGCGGAUAGAAGAGACGGGGCGUCGGCUAGCAGAUUACGCCAAAAGUUUCCAAGUUCCUUUCGAGUAUCAAGGCAUUGCAUCGAAAUGGGAGACCAUUCGUGUGGAGGAUCUCAAAAUCGACAAAGAUGAGGUGGUUAUCGUCAACUGCUUGUACCGCUUCAGGAAUCUCGUGGAUGAGACCGUCAUUGUAGACAGCCCGAGGAAUAAAGUUCUCAACACUAUAAGGAAGAUGAACCCUGAUAUCUUCAUCCAUGGAGUUGUGAAUGGAUCGUACAGCGCUCCCUUCUUCGUGACACGCUUCCGGGAGGCCCUGUUUCACUACUCUGCAUUGUUUGACAUGCUUGAAACUAAUGUGCCACGGGAGGAUGAGCAGAGGUUGCUGAUUGAAAGGGAUCUUUUUGGACGGGAUGCUCUUAACGUGAUAGCAUGCGAGGGCUCGGAAAGGGUAGAGAGACCCGAGACUUACAAGCAGUGGCAGGUGAGGAAUCUCAGGGCUGGGUUCACGCAGCUUCCUCUGGACCCGGAUAUCAUGAAGAAAGCCAAGGACAAAGUGAAAACCCGUUAUCACAAGGACUUCGUUAUAGAUGAAGACAGUCGGUGGCUGCUGCAGGGCUGGAAGGGGAGAAUCAUCUAUACACUGUCCACAUGGAAGCCUUACGAAACCUAGUCUAUUUCCCCGUAUGUUCCGAGGAAAAAAAAAAGCCUCGCUUUCUCCUACCUUUGGACCUUGAUUUGUCUCUACCGGUGAUCAGCCACAUUACUUAAUUCAAGACGUCUUGGACCUGAUUAUUUCAAAGGCAGGCGUACAUGGUUCGCUCUUGGUCGGUGGCUAUGGCUGCUGAAGCUCAUUAAACUGUGGACCAGCAAGGGUGACCAAGGUCCUGUGAAGGACGGAAAGUAGGAGCUGGAGGGAAAUUAGAGAGCAAACAGCAAAUGAAAAUGUAAUCAGUCUAGGAUAUGCUUAUCCUGUAGUAGGUUGGGUUUGCAAGAAAUUAUGUUAAAAUCUUGGACAAAUUAUGGUAGAAACAUAAGUGCCCAAGGAUCGCUGUUUCUUUUUUAUCGGGCUUUUGUCAGCGGCUAAUCCUCUAUCGAGUACUUUAUAUGCCUCUUUUGCUUUUCUACUUUUCUAGCUUGUGUAACCUCAUUUGAGUCAUGUGUGCACAUGUAUGCCAGCCUGUCUAUAUCAGCUACUACUGUUGAUGUGUAAGUUCCACCAUUCUGCAUUAUUCUUUUAUGGAU